AUGUCGGCACAAGAUGGCUCGACCAGUAAGCAGAUUCCUUUGGCACAGCGAAUCCUUGCGCUACAAGCACGUAACAAGAGGCAGCUUCAUAUGUGUGAAGCCAGUCGCACAUCACAGAGCGAGGGAAAUAAGGAAAACAGCUAUCUUUCGUCUUCAAUGACGAGACAAAACAAAACAGCUCCAGCUGGAGAAAUGUUCGACUUGAGCAAAAUGAAUGAUAGCCUGGGAGCAAUACGACAUAACCUGAGCACUCAAUCCUCGGAGCAACCACCUCAGCAUAAAAGCGCACAACGAGUAUUCAGAGAUCGUCAUCUGAAUACACCAAAGACUCCAAUGCUAUCAGCGAUACCAGAGAAAACUCAUGCGAAAGACAGGUCCUCUGCAAUUUUUUGA